AUGCUCAAGAGGUUAGGACUCCUGAAGCUUGGGAGAGGAUCAAGUCUGAGGAGCAAUGGUAUCAGAAAUAGUCAUAGUUUUGGAGGAUCACAGAGAUCUCAAUCUUCGUUCAGUUUUCUAAACAACCCAUCGCUGCUGCAAAAGGACCAAAUGAAGCAAUCAAGAAGGAAGAACCGCAAGACUGUCUCUAAAGUUGAUGACGAGCCUGAAAGACCGCUGCAGCAGAAAGCAGCGACUGAAUUAAAAACCGACCAAAAACAGAAAAAACACGAUUAUUCAUGGCUACCACGAGUACCACCUACGACAAACUUAAAACCGCGCGAUAUGAGCAUGAAAGUGUUGUAUUCAGGAUAUAGGCCGCUCUUCAUAGACCCUGAAGAAGUCAAGGCGAGCGUGGAGAGCUCCAAAAGCGGCGGUACGCUUUAUGAGUUUGCCAUGAGAUUGGAAGAGCUAGGAGGUCAGUCUCCCUGGGUUACAUCUGCGACUGGUUUGGAGUAUUAUAGAGAAUGGGAAAAUGUCCCUGGAGAUUUGCAAAAGAAGCUGAAACCUUUUGUCGCACCUGAGAAUGAAAAGUCUGGGGAAGCCAGUGAUGGACAAGCAUUGAAGAAACUAAAAGAGCAGAUCUACUUAAAAGAAAGGGACAAAAGACUUAACAGGAGGAAGGGUAGGAAGAGACCAAUCGUAUCACUAUUACAGCUGCGUAGAAAACUGAAACAGGACGACUAA